GGCAGUGCUCUACGGAGGUGACUUGUUCGCAUAGGGGUGCUGGAUGAGGGCAAGAUGAAGCUGGAUUACAUCCUGGGCCUGAAGAUUGAGGAUUUCUUGGAGAGACAGCUGCAGACCCAGGUCUUUAAGCUGGGCCUGGCCAAAUCUAGUCACCAUGCCUGUGUGCUCAUCUGCCAAUGUCACAUCAGGGUCCGCAAGCAGGUGGUAAACAUCCCAUCCUUCACUGUUCGUCUGGACUCCCAGAAGUACAUUGACUUCUCCCUCCGUUCUCCUUAUGGUGGUGGCCGUCCAGGCCGAGUGAAGAGGAAGAAUGCCAAGAAAGGCCAGGGUGGUGCUGGAGCUGGGGAUGAUGAGGGAGAGGAUUAAAUUAAUUCCCUGCUGCACUGGAGGAUUGUCUAGUUUUCCAGUUGACACAUAAAACAGAAUUGAUAAAAGAA